UCUCCAGGCACAGUUUGUUUACAUCCUGCCGUGCCGUAAGCAGCGAUACGCAGCGAGCUGCGAAAACCGAAUUUUCCCUUUUUUGUUGUGUAGUUUUCCGCGCUUUACUUUCUUCACACAAUGAGCAGUGGUGCCGACGUUCCAAGCGAUGCACCAGACCACUGUCCCGGCACACAGAGCGACAAUGCGGGCAAAGCGUCGGCGUGUGCCGGCUGCCCCAAUCAGCAGCUGUGUGCGACCGGUCCGAAAGGGCCCGAUCCGGCCAUCGCGCUGGUCCGGCAGAAGCUAGCCGACGUGCGCAACAAGCUGCUGGUGCUGUCCGGCAAGGGUGGCGUGGGCAAGAGCACAGUGACGGCGCUCCUCUCCCGUGCCAUGGCCCACCGCAACCCGGACGAGAACUUUGGCGUGCUCGAUAUCGACAUCUGCGGUCCGUCGCAGCCACGCGUGCUCGGUGUGCUCGGUGAGCAGGUGCACCAGAGCGGUUCGGGCUGGUCGCCGGUGUACAUCGAGGACAAUCUCAGCCUGAUGUCGAUCGGCUUCCUGCUCGGCAGCCCGGACGAUGCAAUCAUCUGGCGGGGGCCGAAGAAGAACGGCAUGAUACGCCAGUUCCUGACCGAGGUCGACUGGGGACAGCUGGACUACCUGGUGCUGGAUACGCCGCCCGGCACGUCCGACGAGCAUCUGUCCGCGACGACCUUCCUCAAGGGGACGGACGGUUCGUGGGGCGCAGUGCUGGUGACGACGCCGCAGGAGGUCGCGCUGCUCGACGUGCGCAAGGAGAUAUCGUUCUGCAAGAAGCUUGCCAUCCCGGUGGUGGGCGUGAUCGAGAACAUGAGCGCGUUCGUGUGCCCCAAGUGCACGACCGAGACGCGCAUCUUCCCGGCCCGGACUAGCGGCGGAGGCGGCGGCGCCGAACAGAUGUGCAUCGAGAUGGAGGUACCGUACCUGGGCCAGCUGCCGCUCGAUCCGCGCCUCACGAAGUGCUGCGAUGAGGGGAAAGAUUUCAUCACCGAGUUCCCGACCAGCCCGGCGGUGGUGGCGCUGGAGGAGAUCGUCACGAAAGUGAGACAGUUUUUUGGCGACGGAAAGGGCGAACGGCAAUAAAACUGCAUUCCGGUUGAA